UAGACAGGCAUGCCAAACUGUGGAUUUCCAGCUCUUGCAGAACUACAAGUCCCAUGAGGCAUUGCAAGGCUGACAGUUACAAAUAUGACUCCCAUGCAAAGGCAUGAUGGGACUAGUAGUUCUGCUACAGCGGGAGGGCUGCAAUUUGACACCCCUGCUCUAAGGCCACAGGUGUCAAACUGGCGGCCCUCCAGCUAUUGCCAAACUACAAGUCCCAUGAGGCAUUGCAAGAUUGACAGUUUCAAGCAUGACUCCCAAAGGUAGAGGCAUGAUGGGACUUGUAGUUUUGCAACAGCUGGAGGGCUGCCAGUUUGACACCCCUGGAUUAGUGGUGAGUG